CCGGAUUUUCCAACGAAGGCCAAGUAGGAGUCGGAGAAGAGUCCUUAGUUUGGUCACAAUAAAACCAGUUACAAUCCACCGAUUUCUCCCUUUCGAUCUUUCUCCCGAUCCAAAGCUAAGAAGAAGCUUCACUCUCCCAGCUGCUCUAUCUCUUUCUCUCUCUCUAUCGCACGCAACCGCUGACAGAUCUUCAAGCACUACCUCUCUCUACAAAAGACAGAGUUCGUGCAGUGAAAUUCAAUCGAACAUACGUUUAUGCGUGCGUACAAUCGCGUACACGGCCAAUUCAAUUCGAUUUCUGUGUAGAAGAAGAAGAUCUAGGAGUGACAGUGUUACAGUGAACGGAUGACCUGCGAGAACUAGGGUUUUAUUGUUUUGGUCUGCAAUCAUGGCCGCGGAGGCGGUUUCUUCUCAAAGCUGGAGGGACUCCUACAGGGGCAUGUCCUCCGACAACAUCAAGGGCUUGGUAUUGGCCUUGUCGUCCAGCUUCUUCAUCGGCGCCAGCUUCAUUGUCAAGAAAAAGGGCCUCAAGAAGGCCGGUGCCUCUGGAACUAGGGCAGGUGCUGGAGGUUACUCAUACUUAUAUGAACCAUUGUGGUGGGUGGGCAUGAUAACAAUGAUUGUUGGAGAAAUUGCAAACUUUGCUGCUUAUGCAUUUGCACCAGCUAUUCUGGUUACUCCUCUUGGUGCGCUCAGCAUUAUUAUCAGUGCUGCACUUGCACAUGUCAUGUUAAAAGAGAAAUUACAUAUUUUUGGAAUUCUUGGUUGUGCUUUGUGUGUUGUUGGUUCUACUACCAUUGUUCUACAUGCUCCUCAAGAACGUGAGAUCGAAUCUGUGACAGAAGUGUGGGACCUUGCUACUGAGCCAGUUUUUCUCUUAUAUGCAGUUCUGGUGCUAAUAGCUGUUUUCAUAAUUAUAUUUCACUAUAUCCCACAAUAUGGUCAGACGCAUAUAAUGUGCUAUAUUGGAGUUUGUUCUCUAGUUGGUUCAUUGUCGGUCAUGAGUGUCAAAGCACUUGGAAUUGCCUUGAAGCUAACAUUGUCAGGAAUGAACCAACUAAUAUAUCCUCAAACAUGGGCCUUCACUGUUAUUGUUGCCACAUGUAUUAUUACUCAAAUGAAUUAUUUAAAUAAGGCGCUUGACACAUUCAACACAGCUGUUGUAUCUCCUAUAUACUAUGUCAUGUUCACAUCGCUUACUAUUUUGGCAAGUGUAAUCAUGUUUAAGGAUUGGGAUAGGCAGAAUCCAACCCAGAUUGUAACAGAAAUGUGUGGGUUUGUGACAAUCCUCUCGGGAACCUUUCUCCUUCACAAAACAAAGGACAUGACUGACGGUUUGUCAACAUCUCCAUCCGUGCGAUUCCUCAAGCAAACAGACGAGGAGGACGGCCUUGUAAUGGAAAGCAUUCCUCUGAAGCGGCAGGAUUCAUUGAGAUUGACUUAGGGGGGGGGGGUAGGGUAUGGGUAGUAUCCUGCUAUUCCGGCGAAACUGGUAAAUGCUUCUCUUGGGGAAGGGACAUGGAGUAUAUGUGAAAAUUGUAUUUCUUACAAAGAAAGGCAUUGGAAUCGUGCAGCCCCAAAUGCUUGCGUUGGGGAAGGGAUGUUUCUAUUUUAUUCAUUCUUUCCCCCCUUUUUUUGUACGGAACGCGUGACGUGAGGGGUGCCUUUGCCUUGAGAUACAACGUCAAACCCCGGACUCCUGGGGUGGUGCAAGGGAGGGACAAGUCUCGUAAAAGGUCAGUUGUUUUUCUUCACUUUCCACAGUUAUUUUUGAAGCUUACAAUGUAAUUAUCUCCAUUGAAUCGAAGACCUUGCCAUUAGGAGGAAAGUGUGUAGGUCAUUUAUCAAUGCUUCUCAGUACUUGUAACAUUUAUUGCCCUUCACCAUCAAAUCUCGUCUCCUCCUAAAAAUUUAAGCGGAAUGGCAAUCAUUUUUUUUUUU